AUGGUUCAAAGUAAUGGUCAUACGACUAAUAUCAUUACACAUGAAAAACCUAAAAAUUCUUUAUCAUUAUCAAAUAAUGUUGAAAAUACAGUCAAAAUUUCAUCAUAUAAUAAUAUACGUUUAUAUUUAUCAUUAACUAUAAGUUCAUUAGGAAUUAUAUUUGGUGAUAUUGGUACAAGUCCAUUAUAUGUUAUUCGUACAAUAUUUGCUGAAAAUCUUCAUCCAACACGAGAACAAUGUAUAGGUGCUGUAUCAUUAAUUAUAUGGAAUUUAAUUAUAAUUGUAACAAUAAAAUAUGGUAUUUUUAUUUUAAUGGCUGAUAAUCGUGGUGAAGGUGGAACAUUUGCUCUAUGUGGUCUAUUAACAGGUGAACAUAGUCAUUUACGUACACGUGCUAAACAUAUUAUUAGUAUUGUUUCAAUAUUUGCUGCUUCACUUUUAAUUGGUGAUGGUGCACUUACACCAGCUAUUAGUGUUCUAUCAGCUAUUGAAGGUUUAGCAACAACUUCUGAAUCAUUAACAAAAUGGAUAUUACCAGUAACAAUAUUAAUAAUUAUAAUUCUUUUUUUUGUACAAAUGUUUGGUUCAUCAAAAAUUGGUUUAACAUUUGCACCAAUUAUGAUUAUUUGGUUUAUUGUUCUAUUUUCAAUUGGUAUAUGGCGUAUUACAUUUGAUCCAGCUAUACUUCGAGCAUUUAAUCCAUGGGAAGCAAUAAGUUAUUUAAUUCGAGAAAAACAAAAAGGAUUUAUACAAAUUGGUGGAGUUUUUCUAUCAGUAACAGGUCUUGAAGCACUUUAUGCUGAUUUAGGUCAUUUUGGUCGAUGGCCAAUUCGAACUAGUUGGUUAUGUAUUGUAUUACCAUCAGUAAUGUUUAAUUAUCUUGGUCAAGGUGCAUUAAUAAUGCAACAUCCUGAAUUAAUUAAAAAUCCAUUUUAUAAUGCUGGUCCAUCAUGGUUUCGAUGGCCAUUAAUUAUUCUUGCAACAAUGGCUACAAUUAUUGCUUCUCAAGCAAUAAUUACUGGUGUUUUUUCAUUAAUAAGUCAAGCAGCAUCACUUGGUUAUUCACCACCAUUACGUGUUAUACAUACAAGUAAAAAAGUUAUUGGACAAAUUUAUGUACCUGCUAUCAAUUGGAUAAUUAUGUUAAUAACAUUAACUAUUACACUCUAUUUUCGUAGUAGUGAUCAUUUAGCACAUGCUUAUGGUGUUACAGUAUGUUCAGAUAUGUUAAUAACAUCAAUACUUUAUAUGUUUGUUAUGCGUUAUGUAUGGAAUAAUCAUUGGAUACGUGUGAUUCUUUUUGGAAUAUUUCUUAUUUUUGAUAUUACUUUUCUUUCAGCAAAUAUAAUUAAAUUUUUUGAAGGUGCUUGGGUAGCUUUAUUAAUUGCUAUAAUUUUUUUUAUUAUUGGUUUUUCUUGGUAUUAUGGUCAAACAUUACUUCGACAAUAUCUUAAUUGUUAUGCACGAACAACAACACUUCCUGAUUUACCAAUACGUCUUGGAUUUAUAAAUGAAACUAAUCAAUUAAGUGAAAUAAAUAAACAUGAAGAAUUUAAACGAUCAAGAAGUUUAUUAAUUGAUUAUCAAACAGCAAGUAGUGAUGAAGAUGAUGAUAUUAAAAAUAAAUCAAUAAUAAAUAUACAUUCAUCAUCAUUAUCAAUAAAUAAUAAUCAUAAUGAUGAUGAAAAUCCUUUACCAUUUAUUGAUGAAACAGAUGAAAAUAUGUUUCUUAAAAGACCAAUGGAUAAUCUUGUUUUUACAGUUACACCUGGUCUUGGUAUUUUUUUAACAACAUCAACACGACAUACACCACAUGUAUUUGAACGUGUAUUAGAACGUAUUCAUGCACUUCCACAAGUGGCAAUCUUUCUUAAAUUAGAAUAUGCACGAAUACCUAUUGUUGAUAUAAGUCAUAGAUUAAAAAUUGACAAAUAUGGUUCAGAUGAACGACCUUUUUAUCAUAUUAUGGCACGUUAUGGUUAUUCAGAACAUAAAAUUAAUUUAUUUGAUAUUCUACAAUUAGCUGCUGUAGAACAUGGUCUACCAGUUCCUGAUGGUCGAAAUAUAACAUUUUUCAUUCCAGCAAUAACUAUUCGUGUUAUACGUAAAGGAUGGCGAGUCUUACCUAGUAAAUUGGCAUUACUUAUCUAUUCAGUAUUAAAAAGUAUAUAUCCAUAUGGUCAAAAAAAUUUAAUACUUUCACCUGAUCAUACAGUUAGUGUUGGCAUGGUUGUACCAUUGUAA